AUGCCGUCAGGUGUUUCUCUCAACUCUAAGCAUGGGACCAGACUACAACCGUGUUCCAAUCAGGCUGAAGACCAGCUUUCUUCCACUUAUGGUCAGGACUGCUCCAGACAUGGAACUCUUAGCAGGGAGCCCAGUGGACCUGCAGCACCAAAUGAGGAUUUGGAGGGUGUUGAUGCCUCAAGGUAUGAACGGCUGAAGCUGCUGGAUCUGCAGCACAGACAGUACACCAGAAAGAAGUUGAUUCAUGACAUGUGUAGACAUAAUGGUGCCUUACGUUUUUCGGAAAAAGCCACCUUCAGUGGCUUUCCAAAUGAGCAGCUGGCAAACCUUAUCGUGGAUGACCAGCAUGGGAUAAUCUACUGUUAUGUUCCAAAGGUGGCAUGCACAGAGUGGAAAAGCAUCAUGAUAUUCCUCAGUGAGAGUCUAAAGAUAAACGGCACUCCCUUCAAAAAUCAUUCAGACAUUCCCAGAGACCUCAUCCACAGCAACAGUGUUGUGUAUCUCAACAGGUCCCACAGGAACUUGAUGAAGUGGAAGAUUAGGAAGUAUAAAAAGUUUCUGUUUGUCAGGAAUCCUUUGGUCAGACUCAUUUCCGCCUACCGGGACAAAUUCGAAAAGAAGAAUGAUUACUUUUAUAAGUUUCUGGCGGUCCCCAUCAUGAGGAGGUACAAGAACCUGUUUCCACCGACCAGCGCAGAGCAUGCUUACAUGAACGGCAUACGGCCAUCCUUCUCUGACUUCAUCCAGUACAUUCUGGACCUUCCAGAUGAUGAUGGCAGCUCCUUUGAAGAGCACUGGAGACAGGUUUAUCACUUGUGCCAUCCAUGCCAGAUUGAGUAUGACUUCAUUGGGAAAAUGGAGACCAUGUAUGAGGAUGCCCAGUACCUGCUGCGUAUUCUUAAAGUCGACCACAUCGUCCAUUUUCCCCCGGGAACCAGCAACAGAACGGAGGAGAGUUGGAUAAAGACUUGGUUUACCAGCAUCCCCAUCGAAUGGAGGAAAAAACUCUACCAAAUUUAUGAGCCCGACUUCCAGCUCUUUGGAUACUCUCUCCCUGAAAACUUCUACAACAAUCCUGCUCCUAUUCGUAGCACUCUUGACAUAAGGAGGAAUGGUUAA